UGAUACUUUAAGACACCCUACUCCGACAGCCUAGAAUAUCACAUUGCAGUCAGUCAAUAUGAAUUUCCGAAGAGGCGUUGCUCUGUUGGUCCUCGCUUCUGCCUUCGAUAGUUCUUUUGCACAGGAUGAGGGCGAAGACGGCGGAGGUGUAACGAAUGACAAUUUUGUACAAGAACAACCAAUCAAUGUGAUAGAUGCCGGUGCUUUCGAUGCCACUACAGAUGAGGACUUGGCGCCUCUUGUUGACGAGCGACAGGUGGACACAACAGAUGACGAUGAAGAUACAACGAUGGUGGCUGAAGAAUCGAAAUUUCUGAGGCCACCGUUUAAGUCUGUAUCUCUUGACAAUGAUGAGUUUGAGAGUUACGUUAUCCGUCGGAAUGGAACGGCACAAUGCGUAGGAUUAACAGACACAGACACAACGGACCCAAUCCCUAUCACAGAGCCAUGCGAUGGUUCUUUAUCUCAGCUCUGGUUACGUAUCGCCAACGAUGAGAACCAGGGCCAAUGGCAAAACAGGAUGACAUACACUUGCAUCACGGUGCCCUACGACGGUCAGGAAUCGAUUAUUAUGAAAACAUGCUCAGCUACAACCCUCAAUAAUCAAAAGAUUCUCGAUGAUGCAUUGAUCGCUCCUCGGCCCAACACUGAUUCCAAUCUAUGUAUAACACCUUGUGCAGACGAUUCAGGUCUCUUGUGUUCUUUUGAGGCGGGAACAGAGGCAUCGUGUAACAUUGCACAGGGAACUAUAGAUGCCUACAACUACAACCUCUAUGCGGAGCCGUUCUGUGACUCUCCUGUGUCCGAUGGACGCUGGGAGAUUGAUUUGUAUGGCGAAUGCAGUGCAACAUGUGACUCCGGUACACGUCCAGUUACAUACACGUGUUCCUCGCUGCGUGAGUUCAAGUACGCCUGCUGCGGAGAUGAGCCAGAAGAGAUUGUACCAUGUAACUCCGUACCAUGUGGCGCGAACGUUGGAAACUACAAGGUCAUAAAAUCGACUGCCAGUCUGGAAGCCGUGGAUGCCAAUCCUCUAUGUAUCGAUGCUGUCGAUCCUACACAUGUAGAGAUGCGUCCUUGCUCCGGUUCGGAUUCUCAGUUGUUUAUACAAAUUGAUCCCAAACAGGACAAACAGUGGGUUAACAAAGCAACCGGAAAUUGUGUUCAGGUUCCAGAGCGAUAUAACAUGGAUAAGACAACAGACUUCAUCUUCCUCCGGCCUUGUCAAACGGAUACCGGUACUUCGGAUGAUCUGCGCUAUCAACAAUUCUAUGUCGAUGAGCUCGUCGAGUCACGUGUGCGAACAUGUCUAAGUCCGUGCAACGAGUUGAAUAACUUGGUUGUUGAAGAUUUGAGCGCGCAGCUUGUUUCCGGCUUUGAGGAGGAAGAGUUUUUCAACCCCGCCCCAAUUAAUAAGGAGAGUGUCUGUGCGGUAAGAGACGACGACGAAGGUGCGACAUCAUGGUGUCAAGCAGGUUCAUUCAGCUACCUUGGAUUAGAAAUAUAUAACAACCGUAUGGAAGACCAGCUUUGGUGUGAACAGGAGAAUUCGUACGGCGAGUGGCUGUUCUUCGGUGAAGGCUCAUGUAGCAAAACAUGUGGAGGAGGCGCUCUCCCAUUAGACUAUCGAUGUAUACCCAAGGAUAUCAAUGUUGAGACUGCUUGCUGUGGCGAUAAGGAGGGCGCAGGGUCAUAUCUAUGUAAUGCUCAACCCUGUAAUGGAACACAAGAAGAUAUCUGGGUUCUAUUGGACUCUGUAGACCGCACUCAGUGUGCAACAACGACAGAUGAGAAUACUCUUGUAUUCGAGGAAUGUACAUCGGGCAACGCAGGUCAGCAAUUCAUAUAUUUUGAAGGACGCGAAGGUGAGGGAGACUCACAACAGUGGUAUAAUCCAGAAAGCGGGUUUUGCGUGACUGUACAGUACCCGGAAGUCGAUGACGAAGUUUUGCAACCAUCUAUAGUCAUGGCAAACUGUAGUUUGGACCCAAUGGAUACACAGUUCUUCUCGGAACCUACAACACUAGUCAACACUGGUGUGGGCGCCUGUCUUGCACCAUGUGACGAUAACAGCACGAGGGUGUGUGCUUUUGAUGAAGAUAGUGGCCCUUGGUGUGAAACUUCUAGUCCUGUGAUAAAUCAGUUGAUGGCAGCGGCGAAGUACUGUAGUCUCGAUAAUGUCGAUUGUACAGCACCUACAACCACCGAAGUCACCGUCACUAGCUUCACCACCGUUACUGGCGAACUGCCUACGCAAACUAGUUUGGAAACAACACAGGAAACUAUCACUGAGAUUCCCGUUGUAACCAUAACAUCUGUUGUGACCCAAACUGGAACGGAACUGCCGCCUACAGAUGUUACCGUCACGGAAACAACUACAGUUGAUGGUUCACUUUCGACCGUUUUACCAACGGAGUCGGAGUCUAUUACCGAUGGUGUAACCGUCACUGAAACUACAACAACAGUCGACACGGCCAGCACGGACACCUCAAUCACUGAUAUCAAAACGGAGACAUUCACCAGCGCUACCACAGAAACUGCUCCAGGCACAAGCUUCACCUCGACAACUGUGGAUAUUCAGACAGUCACUGAAACGGCAGAGACAACAGUUCCCGUGACUGUAACUGAAACGUCGGCCGCAACCGAUACAGUACUGAUCACGAGUACUGAGAUUCUACCUUCUCCUGCCCCAAUAACCACAUCAGUGGUCACCGAAACAAUCACAUCAACAGGCGCUGAAUCCACCGUGACAGAGCUGAUCACGACGACGGAAGGGGUUACUACCACCACGGAGAUCACAUCAACAACAUUAGAUCCAUCAACGUCGACGGUUACUAGUGUUAGUUUCAGUACAGUUACCAGACCGUUGACAGGCACAUUUACAACGACUGAAGUGACAUCCACCACACUUGAUCCUAGUACUAUUACUACGACAAGUAUCAGUUUAACAACCGAGACUCGCCCUCCUGAAGCCUCAACGACCACGACCACAUUUGUGGUUUCAAGCACUUUGGAUCCGUCCACAUCUACCGAGACUUCUUUUGAGACAGAGACAUCAACGCUGCCCGCGAGCUCACAACAACAAAGUUCUACGGUGACGGAAGUUGUAACUAGUACAGCAGAUGCGUCCACCAGCACUGUGACGGAAAUUGACAUUACAACAGCAUCAACGUCAACUGUGACAGACGUUAUAACUAGCACAGCCGACGCUUCUACCAGCACAGUUACGGAGAUUGAUACUGUCACAAGCGAUGGUCCGCAAUUCCCCACAUUUUCGAGUGUGGAUCCAUCUUCCGAUGCAAGCAGCAGUGCAAGUGGAUUUCCAACGGAUCCCUUUGUUCCAACGACGUCAUCAGACACGGAAACACCGGCAGAGACAAGUGAGACACAACCAGACGACGCUGUCGAUGGCAACUGGAGUGAAUGGAGUGAUUGCAGUGUCACGUGCUCAUUUGGAAUCCAAACUCGCACAUGCACCCAGCCAGAGCCUCAGAACGGCGGCGAGACGUGUCCCGGACCUGCUAUCAGGACGUGUAGUCCAGCGCCUUGUUCUCGCGCUGAUUUCGAUAGGCGUUCAGUCGAGGAAAUAUCGCUUGCUGAAGAUGAACAAAGGAGAAUAGCGGACCAGAUUGUAAGUUUAUCACUGGCCGACUCGACAAGCUUCAGGCGUCAAGACAACGACAAGGUGUUAUAGUAUUUCUCUUUAGACGAUAGUAAUCAUAGUGUGAGCCGACAGUAGUACUGCACCGUGUCAUAGCUGCGCUCAAAAAUUAGUAGGACUUGUACAUUUCCUUUAUAGAGAAACGAGAUCAAAGUCAAUGGUAGAUAUCACUCGUUCAAUGUAGCAAUACUCCUCCAGAUAGAUAUGGGACUUGUGAAAUAAUAUCACAUAUCAAGGUAGAGAGAACAAAUUGAGCCGACGAUGUACAUAAAGAAAAGGAAAUAAAGUCAGC